UAUAUAUAUUAUUCCCUCGACAUCAAACAAAUUGAAAGAGAUCACUCAUGGAGAAAUCACGCUUUGUCUUUAUAUUUUUCUGUAUAACUAUAAUUAGCCUCGUUGAUCCGACAAAGUGUUACGAUCAUAUUGAUCACCCAACAAGCUUGUUCAUCUUUGGAGAUUCACUUUUUGAUUCCGGAAACAAUAACUACAUCAACACUACUGCUCGGGCUAAUUUUUAUCCAUAUGGUGAAACCUUCUUUAAGCACCCAACUGGCAGAUUUUCCGAUGGUCGACUCAUCCCAGAUUUUUUCGCUGAAUAUGCGAAGUUGCCAUUCAUUCUACCGUAUUUACAACCUGGAAAUCAUGAAUAUAGUUAUGGGGUGAACUUUGGUUCUGCUGGAGCUGGUGCUCUGGUCGAAACUUACAGAGGAUAUGUGAUAGACCUUAAAACUCAACUUGGAUAUUUCAAGAAUGUUAACCGAGUGCUGAGGAAGAAACUUGGGGAUAAGAAGGCCGAAGCUCUGAUUUCAAAAGCUGUUUACUCAUUUAGUAUUGGAAACAAUGAUUACUCGGUAGCUGCUUAUGAACAGACAAACUCUACCGUCCUUCCCUACUCUGACCAACAGUUGGUUGGACUGGUGAUUGGCAAUAUAACUGAAGUGAUUCAGGAAAUAUAUGAGAUUGGAGGAAGGAAAUUUGGGUUCCAAACCGUGGGGCAUCUGGGCUGUGCACCAUACGCGAGAGCAUUUGAAGGGACAAAAGCCGGCGCAUGCAAUGAGAAAAUCUUACCAUUUGUACAGUUGCACAACUCAGAACUCCUCAAGCUCUUAAAAAAGUUGCAGAUCGAGCUCCAAGAAUUCAAAUACUCUCUUUUGGAUUUCUACUCAUUUUUUUUAGAAAUAAUAGACAACCCUUCCAAAUUUGGUUUCAAAGAAGCAAAAGUGGCAUGCUGUGGCAGUGGUCCAUACAGAGGAACUUCAAGUUGUGGAUGGGAAGAGUAUGAACUGUGUGAUAAUGUUAGCGAUUACGUCUUCUUUGACUCUGGUCAUCCCACAGAAAAGGCCAACCAACAAUUUGCCAAGUUAGCAUGGAGUGGAAAGCUCAGUGUCACAGGGUCAUACAAUUUCAAGGCAUUAUUUGCAGCUUAACUAAAAUUUUAUAUUGCACGUGUUAGUAAUUUUUCAUAAAUAAUGAAGCUUAUGAUCAGCUUACUAAUUUAAAUGCAUGAAAGAAUAC